AUGAUGGUGGAUGCCCCCUUCGUGAUAGAGAUUUUGUUGAAGUUAUGUGGUCACCGUUUUAACCCAUUAGGAGUGGAUGACCACAAUAACAUCUCCAGCAAGUCCUGGAUAAUAAAUUAUAUUAUGCCAGACAUGCUCAAGUUGGAAAAUCAAGUGUCGUUUUGCAUCCUUGAGGAUCUUCUUGAACUACAGAGAAUCGCAGCAGCUGCUAUAAGUAACAUUACUUAUGUCAUUCCUUCGAUGAUGAACCUCGGCUAG